GCCGAGAUACCAUGAGGAGUGCCGUCACAAGGCAGAGUGAGGUGCUGGCGGCCGAGGUCGUGGCGGUCCUGACCGAAGCCAUGGCGACGCUGCGGGACAUCUGGGAGGAGAUCGGAAUCCCGGAGGAGCAGCGCCUGGAGCGUACCCGUACGGCCAAAAAGCACAUCCAGGAGCUUCUGGUUGAGAUGGUGAAAGAGGAGGAAGGUCUGAAGAAGCAUCUUCUGAAGAGCAUUGAGCUGUGUCAGCAGAAGCUUCACAGUCUCUGCAAGGAACUGCAGCUGGAGCCCUUGGAGACAGAGGAGGAAGGAACCAUUCUGGAGAGAGAGAAGAGCCUGCGGACCCGUGUGGAAGUGCUGCUGAAGCAGAGGAGGGACAGGAAGGAGGAGCUGAAGAACCUGCAAGAGCAGGAGCAAGACCUGUGUGACCUCCUCUGCACCGCUCCGUUCUCCAUCGACGCCAAGGCCGUGCCCAGCCUGGAGCAGCUGGAUCGCUAUCGGCGCCACUUGGCCUCCCUGGCUGCUGAGAAAGAGCGAAGGCAGGAAGAGUUUGUCCGCAGCAGGCGGCAAAUCAUCCUCCUGAUGGAGGAGCUGGACCACACUCCAGACACCAGCUUUGAGCAGGACGUGGUGGAUGAGGAUGUGGAAGCCUUCUGCUUGUCCACAGACAACCUUGCAGCCCUGCAGGAGCUGCUGCGCCAGCUGGAAGCUCGGCGGGCGCUGAACGAAGCUGCGUGCGCAGAGCUGCGCUCCAGGAUCAAGAUGCUCUGGGAACGGCUGCAGGUCCCUGUGGAGGAGAGAGAGUCCUCUGCAGUGCACGUGCCUGGGUGCAGAGCCAGGACCAGGAAAGCUCUGCAGCUGGAAGUGGAGCAUCUGGAGGAGCUGAAGCUGCAGAACAUGAAGGCUGUGAUUCAGGCAGCCCGGGCAGAGCUGGCUGACUACUGGGACAGAUGCUGCUACAGCCAGGAGCAGAAGGAGGCCUUCAGCCCCUACUACGAUGAGGACUACACAGAGACCCUGCUCGAGCUCCAUGACACCGAGGUGGUGAAGAUGAAGAACUACUAUGAAGCACACAAAGAUCUGUUUGAGGCUGUCCAGAAGUGGGAGCAGAGCUGGAAUCUGUUCCUGGAGCUGGAGAGGAAGGCAUCUGACCCCAGCCGCUUCACCAACCGUGGGGGGAGUCUGCUGAAGGAGGAGAAGCAGCGCUCCAAGCUGCAGAAGGUGCUUUCCAAGCUACAGGAUGAGCUGGAGAAGAAGAUCCAGGCCUGGCAGCAGGAGCACCAGACUGUUUUCCUGGUGAAGGGGCAGCAGUUCAUGGAGCAUGUGAAGGCGCAGUGGCAGCUGUACCACCAGGAGAAAGAGAAGGAGAAGCAGGAGAGGCAGCUGAAGAGGAGCCGUGAGACUGAGGCAGUGGAUGGCAGCACCUCGCUGAUGCCUGGCAAGCGCCGGGUGCUCGGCCCCCACACGCCUGGCAAAGUAAGGAAGCUCAGGCCACCUCAGACCCCUAGCUCCAUCCCCACAAAGAUGCCCCAUCCUGGCUACAGGGAGCAGAACAAGGAGAACAUGGCCCAGCAGCACGGCAGCACCCUGAGCCGUGGGUGGACCCCCGCAGCCCCUGCCCAGCAGAGCCUCGGCGUUAACUCUGUUCCCAGCACCUAUUCUGCCUUUACGCGUGAACUUUCCAAGGCAUCAACGUCCGACACCGUCCUCAACUCCACUGCUACCACUGACUGCCCCUAGCCGCCGGGAGUGGCCGCGCAGGCAGAGCUCAGGCAGCUCUGGGGCGCUGGGCUCUGCC